GAUACACGUGCAAAAAAAAAAAAAAAAACAAUAAAGUCGUUCACCGCACGAAACAAUCACAUGUCGGGGUUGAUUCCGGCACCGUCGCUGCCGUCUCAUCCAUGGCGAAACCGCGGGCCCGAAACGAACGAUGCCGAUACACCCCAACAACGCUUGGCAGAGCUGCGAGUCACGUGACCGAGUCGCUCGUCGCUGCCUCGCUCGCCGAGAAGCACAUGUUAUCCCGGCGUAGCCGCGGCGGCGCCGGUGGGAACGGCGUAUCGUGACCGUAGCCAGUCGUGCGGGUGUGUUACCAAAAGUGUGGCGCGGAAAUAAGGAAGCGUGUUGGGUUACGUGCUUCGCUGGUGAACCGGAGCGGAGGGGGGGGAAAAAAACGACACCGUCUGAGAAAACUGCCACCGAAGGCCUUGCUGCUGCGCUUGAAUGUGAAUCGCCAAGACUGACUGCGAGUUGACGUGAUCCCCACGUGACCUCCCUCUCUGCUGCGCGCUCUGUGAAUGGACCAGUGCUGACGUCACAUGAGAGUGUUUAUUCUCCGUUCAGGAAGCGGGGCCAUGAUCCGGCGAAACAGGGUCCACCCCGCGAUCCUGAUCGCGCUGCCGUUCCUGGCCACCCUGCUACUGAUGAUGUCGCCUCCCUGGGGCCUGCUGACGGGUCGCGGUUACGGCCAGGUGCCCGCGGAGUUUCUCAGGCACCGCUACUGGAACUACGACCCCGAGGCCCAGGAGCCGAGGGAUCCGCGCCAGAGCUGUUCGCUGCCCGCCCUGCACCCGUUCCACCCCGCCGUGUGGCCGUACCUGAACCCGGUCACGCCCAUUGUCUGCAAGGUUCGACAGCCCUGGCUGACGUUCAUCGAUUCGUACGGCAACCUACGCUUCAAUGAGUCAUCGGGCUACUCACUCUCAAGCCUCAGGUGCAGCUACAAGUCCGUCCAGCGCGUCACUGACAACGAGAUAGCGUACAGCGACGCAGUGCCUUUCACCAAAGACAAAGUACCUCUCAACGACGAAGUCAUCACCGUCAGUUGUAGCAACGUACUGAAGUGGCCCGUCUACAGCAAUGUCCACGCUGUGGUGGUGCGGCGUAGCUCUCCCGUUCGUCCCAAAGUGACAGCUUCGAACAGGCGAACACGAGCGCCGACAAGCGACGCAAGCUCCAGAGGUACCACUCGUGCGAGUAGAAAACCGCGGAUAAAACCGAGCCAGCUGCCAAACGUGCUGAUCUUCGGCUUGGAUUCCGUCUCGAGACUGUCCAUGAUGCGGUUCUUGCCCAAGACGUACGACUACCUCGUCACCCAGCUCAACGCCGUCGUCUUCCGAGGGAUGAACAAGGUCGGGGACAACACGUUUCCAAACCUGCUGGCGCUACUGACAGGCCGGCGAGUCGAGGACAUCGCGAAACCCGGACAGAGGGACAAGGUCUACGACGACGUCCACAUCGUGUGGAAGGACUUUCGGGAAGCCGGUUACGAGACGCUCUUCGCCGAGGACUUUCCAUCCUACGCUUUGUUCAACUACCUCGCCCGCGGAUUCACGAAACCGCCCACGGACUAUUACCUGCGUCCUUUCUGGCUGGCCGUUUACGAGUCGUUCCUGCUAAUGUCCAGCUCGGCGCUGUGCUUGGGAAACGGGCCGAAGCACAUGCUGCAGCUCGACUACCUCAAGCGCUACUUCGACGGCCGCAACGCCAGCAAUGCCGAUAAGCCUUUCUUCGCCUUCUCCUACCUGGUCGAGAUCAGUCAUGACUUUUCGCAGCAAGUCGGAGCCGCCGACGACGACUUCGUCGAGUUUCUCGACUACCUUCGCUCCAAGGGCCACCUGGACAACACGUUCCUCUUUUUCCUCUCAGACCACGGACAUCGCUUCGAUUCGAUCCGAUCGACCUUCGUGGGUCGAAUCGAAGAGCGCUUGCCCUUCUUCGCCCUCGGCCUUCCCACAGGAACGGAUUGGCUAACAUCGCCAGAGCGCGUUGUCGGGUCAAAGUCGACGCUGACGCGUCUAAACGUUUCUCAUCUCGCGUCCAACCUGGAGACCAACGCGGGUCGCUUGACGACGCCGUUCGACACGUACGCCACGCUUAGGGACAUCGCGUCGUUCGCGAGCGGUGGAUCUGCGACCGUCGGCGAAGACGACUCGCACUACGGCAUCAGCCUAUUCGGCGAGGUUACGCGAGACAGAACUUGCGAACGAGCGGGCAUUCCUUCCGAGUACUGCUCCUGCGGGUCUGAGGUUCCCGUCGAACUGGACAGCCCUUUCGUGAGGAAGGCGGCCACGGCACUCGUGGAAAAGGUCAACGACCUCUUGAACUCCGACGAACUGGACGAACCGUUCGUGAGGAGGAGAAGAUGCGCCAGGCUUAGCCUGCGUCGAGUCCACGACGCGCAAGAACUGUUCGUCGUCGACGACGUCAAGGAGACCGCUGACGGCACGCGACGCCUCAGGGUCACCGUCGAAGUUCUUCCCAGCGCCGCCAUGUUGGAAGGCCUGAUUCUCGUCAACAGGGAGGAGGAACAAUUCGACGUCUUCGGGGACAUCAGUCGCAUCAACAAGUACGGCAAUCAGUCUCACUGCAUCCGUCACGCGGUCUUGCGGAAGUACUGCUACUGCCUGGCGGAAACGCCGAUGAAUAACAACACUUCGAGGGGCUACGAGGAACAGACACUUCCUACGAUCACUUAGGAGAGUGGCUCAAGUUAUUCUCGUCGAAAACGGAGUUCCACGAAGUGUGCGACCAAGGCAAGACAUGACGUUUUGUUUUCGCCCUGUUACGAGGCUACACCGGGGUGUCCUCGGAAGUGUGCGGAUGCAGUUGAAAACUGCGACUCGCAAGAAAACACAAAUCAACCAUGUACUACAUACUUCUGUGAAAACUGUCGCAAGAUGGCGACAUGCCACGUAUAUUGCCAAACUCCUAAGGCUAAGACCACGCAUUUUGUUGAAUCGAGAUUACAACUGAAUCUCUUACGCAGUCUGCGACCGACUGCGAUGAUUUGUUUAUCCCCAAGUAUGCCUAACAUUCCGUUAUAGCAGCGGCAGACGUUGCUGAAAAUUUUGUAUGAGAAGAUGACAAAGCCCAACGCUGAAGGCUGACGUAACCAAAUUGUUGUGAAACUGUUGAGAAACAUAAGUUGAAUAUGACACGGUCAAUUGAAUCGAGGUGGCAGCUAUAGGUUUUCGCCGUUCGAACUCGGCGAUCGCCGACAAUGCCACGCGCGCUUCAAACAGAAUAUGCCUAAGAUGGGUGUUGCGGUCUUGUGCCUAGUGCCAGUGCUGGACUAAUGUGUCGAGGUUCUUAUGUUUAUGGAAAAUGCGUCCGCGCAGACCAAGACCAUUGGGAGAGGCUGCAAUUGGUUAUGUGAUGUCACAUGUGCUGGAAACUACGUGACAGCAGAUUGUAUACUAUAAUAUAUUCUAUAAACUUGAAAAACGGGCAAGAAGACUGCAAAGGGGACAUACCGAGCAAUGACUUCGCAUCAGUCACCAUAUUUUUUUUUUUCUGAACAGCAUCAAAGAAAAGCAGGCGCGAAGUCUUGUUUUCUUGUGACAGCUGGCCGCGACUGCUGCCAUAUUUAUGUAAUUUAAAAUGACGUGACAUUAUUUUCCUUUUAUUUUUACGGUGGCGUUUGCUGCACAACCAAGUUGUCCGAAAUAAAUUAUAUUGCAAGAAGGGUUCUGGUACUCUUUAUUUUCUUCCUAAUUUUCUUUCGGGAGUAUCUUGUGUUGGGACUGAUGUUUUGUAACGUAACUAUUGCCUUAUGGGGAAGUGCAGAACUCAAGGCUUUAC